AUGCAUUCUACUUCGAUCCUCACAUUUCUCCUUUCCUUCGCCUUAUUCUUCCAAGGAAUCGAUGCCUUAGCGCGAUCCAAGCUUGACCAAUACACCUCAGAUGACUGUGAUGGCAACUGGGGCGAUGGAGAAAAACACCGAAGCCAGCGUAACAUAAACAUUCAGCCUGGAAAGAAAGGAUGUAUCGAUAUCAACUCCUCGACCGAGAGUAUCUGGCUUGGCCGAGGAACUGGCCUGGCCUGGAGACGUAAGAUGACCGCCUACUCUGAGACCGGCUGUCCUUCAAAUAAGCGGAUCGAUUUUCUUAAGGAGAAAGACGGUUACUAUAAGAAUAAGAGUGGGAGGCGUGUGCCGAAAGGAAACUGCAUUCCUAUUGAUUACAUGUAUGUCGGCGCUCAAGGCGUUGACCAGGAGCACAAUGGACGACUCAUGUCUGUCAAGUUUGAAAAUAUUUAG